AUGGACGGCUGGGAUGGAGAGGAGGCGGCGCCGCCUUCCGCCGCCGGGCUAGCGCCGCCGAUAGAAGUGAUGGCUGCGGAGAUGCUGAUUCUGCGGCGGGACGCCGGCGCACCGGCGGAGCUCGGCGGAAGGGUGCUCUUCGACGGCGGAGACCGCGGCGACGCCGAUCGAUACCUCCGUGCCGUGGACGAGAUCCGGCGAUACUUGGAGGUCGCCGGCGGGAGCGGCGCUAGCCCGCAGCUGGCGGCUGCGAUCCAGGUGGCUAUGGCGCGGCUGGAGGACGAGUUCAGGAGCAUCCUGGUGACGCGGGUCAACGCCGUGGAGAUCGACUCGCUGGCUGCCAAUCUGAGCCUGGCUUCUCUGUCGUUGGCGGACUUCUCGACGGAAGGUAGCGGAGGGGUGAGUGAGAGUUAUUUCGGGGAAGACAGCGCGGAGGUGGAGGAAGAGGGCGCGGAGGGGAGCAGUUUCCACUAUGGGGAAACGAUCAGCAGGACCUCUACUACGACGAGCAAUAACAGCUACCGGUUUGGGAGCAGCAUCCGGGAGGUCGAUCUGUUGCCAGAUGACGCGAUUGAGGACCUCCGGAGCAUUGCGGAGCGGAUGGUGGCUUCAGGCUACGCCCGGGAAUGCUUCCAGGUCCACGGGAGCGUACGCAAGGCGGCGGUGGACCGCAGCCUCUGUCAGCUCGGCGUUGAGAGGAUCAGCAUCGGCGACGUGCAGCGGCUAGAUUGGGAGGUUCUGGAGGGGAAGAUCCGGCGGUGGAUCCGUGCUGCCAGGGUCUGCAUCCGCGUGGUCUUCCCUAGCGAGCGGCGUCUGUGGGAUCAGAUAUUCGAGGGGAUCGUCGCCGCCGGUGGGGACGAUUCACCCUUCGUGGAGACAGUGAAGGGCGCGGCGAUCCGGCUUCUAAACUUUGCCGAGGCCAUCAGCAUCAGCCGCCGGACCCCAGAGAAGCUCUUCAAGAUAUUGGAUCUCCACGACGCGCUCUCUGAGCUCCUCCCCGAUGUGGCGUAUGUCUUUCUCCGGCUCCGGGCUUCAGAUCCCAUCCACACCCAAGCGACUGAGAUCGUUCAUCGACUUGCUGAGGCUGCACGGGGGAUACUCUCAGAGUUUGAGAGUGCGGUUCGCCAGGAUCCUUCCCGGAUCCCUGUUCCCGGUGGUACAGUCCACCCGCUGACGAGAUACGUGAUGAACUACACCUCGCUCAUCUCAGAUUACAAGGCCACCCUCACCGAGCUGAUCGUCGCGAUGCCGUCGUCGCCAACUGGUUCCCGGUCUUCAGAGACGUCAGGGGAGGGCGACACUUCGCUCCCCAUGAUGGAGAUGGACGUGCCAGAGGUGGAGGGUCAGUCCCCUCUUUCAGCUCAUGUUACCUGGAUCAUCGUCCUCCUCCAAAGCAAUCUCGAGAGCAAGGCUACGCUCUACAGGGACGGCGCGCUGUCCCACUUCUUCCUCAUGAACAACGUCCACUACAUUGUUCACAAGGUGAGAGGGUAUCCCGAGCUACGGGAGAUGAUCGGAGACGACUAUCUGAAGAGACUGACGGUGAAAUACCAGCAGUCGGCGACUAGCUACCGGAGGUCAACUUGGAAGCGCGUUCUCCAAUGGCUAAGGGAGGAGGGUCUACCAUCGAGUGGGAGCUUCUCUUCAGGCAUCUCCAGGAGCGCGUUGAGGGACCGAUUCAGGGCCUUCAAUUCAGCCUUUGAUGAAGUCCACCGGGCGCAGGCUUUGUGGACUGCACCCGACCCCCAGCUUAGGGAGGAGCUGAAGAUUUCAAUAUCAGAGUUGUUGAUACCUGCUUACCGUGCUUUUCUAGGUAGGUUUCGUCACCACAUUGAGAGUGGGAGACACCCUGAGAUGUAUAUCAAGUACUCGGUCGAAGACCUUGAGGUGGCACUAUCGGAGCUCUUUGAGGGUAGCUCACCUUCACUUCAUAACAGGAGACGAUCCCAUGCAUGA